UGUGGACACAGCGUAUGGUCAGUCAGUUCUGUCCAUCGCUUCACACUGGUCAGCACCUUCUGGACAGUUAUCUAGUGGCAUAGCGUGUCCUCUUUGCUACACAAUGGACGGGGGCUGGCAUCAGAAGUACCUGGAGACCCUGUCGGAAGGAAUCAAGUACCUAUGGACAAGCGGUCACUUCAGCGACGCCAGUAUUGUGGUGCAGAACAAACGCUUCCGAUGUCACCGAGCGGUCCUGUCCGCCAUGUCACCUCAUUUCGACGCAACCUUCUCAUCGGGCAUGCGCGAUAACCCCGACGGAACCUUGACCUUGCUGAACAUCGACGUCACGACCUUCGACAGCGUCUUGAUCUUCAUGUACACCGGUCGUGAUGUGGUAUGCCAGGAAAAUGCCGAGAGUUUGCUUCGUGCUGCGACGACGCUCCAAGUCAAAGGUUUGAUUGACAGGUGCGAGGAGUUCCUGUGUGAGAACCUCACCAAGGAGAACUCCAUACGCAUGUGGCGGUUAGGUCGCACCCAUAAUUGCCAGGACCUGGAGGAAACAGCAUGGCCACUGAUUCUGGACAAUUUCCUAGACUUGACAAAGACGGAAGACUUCAACGAUCUAUCGGUCGACGAACUGGCAGCAAUAAUCAAAGAUGACGACUUGGUUGUCUCAAAUGAGGAAAUGGUAUGCGAGGCUGUUUUCAAGUGGAUCGCAGUGGACUCAGACAACCGGAAUAUGCAUUUAGCUUCUAUCAUCGAACAUCUCCGUCUUCCCCUGGUGAGUCCUGAGUAUCUUCUCAACAUCAGCACCUCCCAGGGCCUGCUUCGUGACGACAUGGUGUGCCGUGUGAUGCUGGAGGAGGCAAAGAGGUACCACAUGCUGCCCGCACGUCGUCAGGAGUUUACGUCCAAGAGGGCUGUCUUCAGGAACAGCUUUGAUCCGGAAGAGGUUCUAGUUGUUCUUACUGGAGGCUCCACACAGACAAAACCUACUGACGUCCUCUGCUACAGCUUCAAACAAUUCAAGUGGUUCUUCCUUGCUCCACUACCGUACGACCCAGGUGUAGAAUUUGCAGCAUGCACUUACGCCAGUAAUAUUUACAUUUCCGGAGGGAGCCGGAAAUGGCCGAAGUUGUUCAAGUAUAAUAGCGAGAGUAACGACUGGCGGGAGUGUGAGCAGAUGGCGCAAGGUCGGUCCCGACACGGGAUGGUGGCAGUUCGGGACUGUCUGUAUGUUAUUGGUGGAUACAAUAGGAACCUCCCCGCCGGAAACAAGGUCAUUUCUUCCAUCGAGAAGUACAGCAUUAACACAGGGAAAUGGUCCAGUGCCGGCGAACUGCCUGUUCCGGUUGAGAUGGUAUCAGCUUCUGUGAUUGGUGAAAAGAUCUUUUGCUUCGGAGGCGCUCAGAGGAACAACCGGAACACACCAGCGAUACAGUGUUUCGACACUCGGAUAGGCCAGUCCUCCCAUUUCGCUGAUCUUCCAUUUGCUUGUCGUCUGACUCGUACAGUUGUCUGUGACGACUGUCUCUUCAUCAUCACCACCGACGGCGACGUCAUAGAGUUCUCAGAAGACAGCGGGUGUCGUACGAUUGGGAAGAUUGAAAACUUCGGCCGAGUUCACUUCGGAGGAAUUCAGUACCGAGGUAAUGUCAUCCUUCUCGGAGGUAAAAGAAGAAACGACAAAGCUUGCGAUACCAUGCUGAGCUUUGACCCGCUUAAAGCUGGUGCGGAAACCCUCCCAGAUAAGCUUCCGUUUCCGAAUGUCAUCGACGCAUGCGUGAAGUCUAUCAUCAAUGGCCACCAUCUGAGACAAGAGUACAUCCCGCGCACCAAGUCUCAGCUAAACAGUGUCAGCUAAUUAGGUAUUGACAUUUCACAGCAUCGUUUUGUAAAGAUGGAAGAUACAGAAUCAGAUUCAUCACUGCAUGCUUCAGCAAAAACGUUGUCAUUGUCCGAAUAUGACCGGUAAAAGAAGGCCUUUGUCAGGCAAUUUCGCCAUAUCGGCUACCCAAACUGUUAUGAUGAUUAUUGAAAAUAAAUACCAUAGCAUGUCUUCAAUAGCAUGUGAUGCCCAAAUGCUCCCUUUGUCGUUACCACUAACUAUAUCACAAUAUUUAACACAGGACUGGUCUCCUGAAUUUAGUUGAAUGUUAAUAUGCUAUUCACAUGGGGCCCCAUGCGAGAAUUGAAACGUGUUUACCAUUAUUUAUUUCUAAUUUAUUUAUUUGUACAUAGAAGUAUGUGAGUGAAAAGAAGUGUGACAGUUAAACUUAGUAUCUGAACUUUGUACAUAUCAUAAAUCUUGUUAAAUAAAAUUACUCAUUAAGUAAA